ACAUAACAAGAGUACAAACUGAUUCGAUUUGUCGGAAGAGACUAAAGAAAGAAAAAAAGCGAUAAAAAGGUUAUAGCGAUUGUAAUCGUCAUUCGUUUUGUCAGUUUGCACGGAAAUCGAAGAUUGGAUGAAGCAAAAAAGAGUGUUAUCCAAAAGAUGACAAUCUCUGAAGAAGAAAUCCAGAGAGGGAGAUCGCAAGAAGAAGACCCUUCAUCCGCCUCCUCCGGAGAUCACCGCUUCCAUAAGCUUCGCGGCGUCCGAUGGCGAAUCAACCUCGGAAUCUUGCCUUCUUCUCCUUCCUCCCCCAUCGAUGACCUUCGCAGAGUCACCGCCGAUUCCAGAAGAAGAUAUGCUGCUUUGAGAAGGAGACUAUUGAUUGAUCCACAUUUGCCUAAGAAAGGAAUCAAUUCUCCAGAUCUUACCAUUGAUAACCCUUUAUCACAGAAUCCUGAUAGCACUUGGGGAAGGUUCUUCCGUAACGCAGAGCUUGAGAAAACACUCGAUCAAGAUCUUUCACGCUUGUAUCCUGAACAUGGGAGUUACUUUCAAUCCUCUGGAUGUCAAGGGAUGCUAAGACGGAUACUUCUCCUUUGGUGUUUAAAGCAUCCAGAGAUUGGUUAUAGACAAGGGAUGCAUGAACUGUUGGCUCCUUUGCUUUAUGUUCUUCAAGUGGAUGUGCAAUAUCUCACCGAAGUUAGAUCAAACUACGAAGACCAGUUCACCGAUUUGUUUGAUGAGCUAGCCUUUCAAGAACGCGAUUCCGCAGCUUACGAUUUCGAUAUAAAGAAAGUUUUAGAUGAUUCCAUGGAAGAAGAAGAAGAGGAAGAAGAACAUGCCACCAGGAAGAAGAAGAAGAAACCGAAGAGAUUCGACGAACUCGACACCGAGACGCAGACUGCUGUUCUGCUGAGCGAUGCUUACGGAGCAGAAGGAGAAUUAGGUAUCGUCCUCUCAGACAAGUUCCUAGAACACGACGCCUACUCUAUGUUCGACGCUCUCAUGUACUACGGUGGAUCUUCUUCCCUAGGAUCUGUUUCGGUUGCCAACUUCUUUGUGUACUCAGCUCCGAGCGACUCCGUCACGGGGCUGCCUCCAGUGAUAGAAGCUUCUUCGGCGUUAUAUUACUUACUCUCUCUAGUCGACGCUUCUCUCCACAGCCAUCUAGUCGAGCUCGGCGUUGAGCCUCAGUACUUUGCCCUGCGUUGGCUACGCGUUUUGUUCGGGAGAGAGUUUCCUCUGAGCAAUCUAUUAACCGUGUGGGAUGAGAUAUUCUCUGCAGACAACUCUGAGGUGGUGGAGAGAGUCUCUGCCGUUGAGGAUGGUGAUGAUGAUGUUUCAGGGUUCGAGUUCAGGAUCCUUAGCUCUCCGCGUGGAGCUUUGGUUGCAGGGAUGGCGGUUUCGAUGAUACUUUAUCUGAGAUCUUCCCUGCUAGCCACGGAGAACGCGACGUCUUCUCUCAAGAGGCUACUUAACUUUCCAGAGGAUGUUGAUUUGUGCAAAGUCAUCGACAAGGCUAAGUCUUUGCAGAGUCUAGCGUUGGAGAUCAAUGCUCGUCGCGAUUUGCUUCCGAAAGGGUCGAGGAAACCUAUGAUGAGAGGACACAGCUUGUCUGUUGAUUCGAUCUCGCUUGGUGGUUCUUCUUCUUCUCCUGUGGGGAGAGUUCCUGAGAGCUACUGGGAAGAGAAAUGGAGAGUUAUGAAUGAGGAAGAAGAAGAAGCAGCGAGGAGGAGGAGGAGGAAAGCGUCGACUAGAGAGAACACGGUGAAGAAGAGCUGGUCGGAGAGAGUGAAGCUGAGGCUCUCGAGGACUGAGUCUGAUCCGUCGGAUAGAAGCGGGAACAACAAGCCGCCUAUUAGACGUAGUUUGCUUGAUGAUUUGUCCAAGCAGCUCGGGGACAAAGAAGAUUCAGUCUCUCCGACCAACACAGACACAGAUGUUGAACGGUCAUCUACUGUUUCUGGUUCGCCAAGCGGGGAGUGUGAGGAUAAUGGUUUAGAUAAAGGCAAAAGCGAGGACCACGUGGAGUUGCCACUUCCGGUUCCUGAGAACGAGUCUGAGGGGAAGUCAGUGGUGAACAUCUUCAGGGAUAGGAAUAUUCUUUCGGGUAAGUUCCAGAGGCUAUGGAGGUUAGGUAGAAACUCGUCCGAGGAGGAGACUAAAGAAGCUAAACCAAUAGAGCCUGAAGCUAAACCGAUAGAACCUGAAGCUAAACCAGUAGAACCGGAAGCUAAACCGUUAGUUCAUGAAGAAGAGGAAGAACGGACCAAUUCGGAAUCAACAGUAGGUGAUGGAGAUGCAUUAAAGAAUACAGGAAGGUCUAUGCUUGAACAUAUUAAGGUGAUAGAGUCGGUGUUGGAGCAAAGUUCACCGGAGAAUAUGGCUGAAAACCAUAGACUAACAGUUGAAGAAGCUCUCAGAGAACUUCGUAGACUUGGAACUAUGUUGUUGUCGGAAAUGUAAAGUUUAUUACUACUUGCGGCUUCGUAAUUUAAUUUGUAAUCUGAAAAUUUAUUUUCUCUCGUUGUAUGUGUGUGUAUCUGUGUGUGUGUGUGGGAGAGGGAGACCGAGUAAGCAUAUUGUAGAUAUGAGAAUUUUUGAAGAGGGUUUUGGUUUUUUCUUUAGCAGUA